GGGCCUCAGAGCUUCCCAGGGACACAGACUGCAGCGCUAGCCACUAGUAGGAUGCCUCUGAGAUGAGCCACCCCUCCCCGAUCCUGGUCUGUGGCUGAGUUGUGCAUAUAACAGCCACUCGGAAGGGAAAAAAACCCUCAGAGGGAAUCUCAGCUCUGCAGGCAGCGGCUAUAUUCUACCCUCCAAGGAAAACCAAGGCAUACCCACGUAGGGCAAGAUGGUUCUGAAAGCACCUGGCGUGCUGCUGGUUUUCCUGCUGGCCUGCUUUGCCCUGGCCAGGAGAGAGACACGCCACGAGAAGUUUCGACGGCAGCAUGUGGACUUCCCCAAGACCAGCAUCCCUGAUGCCCGGCGCUACUGCAACCUCCUGAUGCAGCAGAGGAACCUGACGGUCGGCAUCUGCAAGCCUUCCAACACCUUCAUCCACGCUGAGCCUGCCCAGGUGGAUAGCGUCUGCACCUCGGGGGGGACCCAUCAUGACGAGAAUUAUUACAACAGCAACGUGGCCUUUGCACUUACCGCCUGCCGGGUGGUUGGGGGCUCACAACGGCCCCCCUGUAACUACAGACCUAAGCUUAGCACCCAAAGGAUCCGAGUGGCUUGUGUAAAUGGGAUGCCUGUCCACUACAAAGGCCAGGCAUAAGGGGAAGAGGGACAGGGUAGAGGUCAGUGAAGCUGGGAACUAGAGUCCCAGGGAGCUUAAUAAGGAUUCAAGUGAUUAGAUCCCUUCGACCACUUUCAAAAUCCCAGCUGAAAUCUCCUGUUGUGGAAAGACCUCUGCAGCUGUCCAGACUCAAAUCUACCCUCCAGUGCCAAAGCAAACCUCAGGUGAAGGCCUGGGGGUGUCAAUGUUGCUCAGCAGAUCUGCAAAAAUCAUGCUCUUUUGGAACUUGGUGCCUCAGGUUAUGCUUGCAAAUUCAGCCAAGUUUCAUGUGCAGUAUUGUAUAGCUGUUCAAUUCAGCAACCUUGUACCAUGUGCUGGACCCUUGCCCCACUACAUAGUAUAGCCACCCCUUCUUUGCUCCUCUGCUGCCCUCUCGUGUCCAUUAUACAAUGAGCUACACCUGCUCCCUGCUGCUGAAUCCUUGUGUCCCUUAUGCAGUCUAGCUGCCCCUUCCCCACCAUUACCAUCACCUGUCCCUUUCCUGUUUGUUGUACAGUACAGCUGCUCUUCUUCAUCCUCAUCUGCUGCAGCUAUUGUGACAAAAUCAGGAAUAGGAGACAGGGUACGUGUCCUACUCCUGGCUCUUCUGCCAUGGUGUUGUAUGACUUUAGGCAAAAAUAUAAAGUCUCUGUGCUUCAGUUUCCCCAUCCAGGAUUUCUGGAUCUGGUCUGUGUCAUAAGCCUUGGGGCAUGGACCAUCUGCCUCUUGCCAUACAGUCCCUAACAUGGCAUCAAUCUCAGUCUCAGCUGAAGAUUACAAAUGCCAUCCUACUGCAAGUCACGUAAGCUCAUUGGGGCAGAGCACCUUUUUUCUUCCUGUGUUUUUUACAAUGCCCACUACAAAGGGGGUCUGGUCCACAACCGGGGGCCCGAGGCAAUCCCACAAUACAAGUACGGUCCCUAUUGCUCAUAGUGGGCUUGCUAGGCGAUACGCCUGUGAGAUGAGGUGGGCAGUAAUAUUAUGGCUGGUAUUAUGCGCGAAACCAACGGGGACUUCAAAUGUUGUGGUCGUCAGCGGUACAGUGGACAAGUCAGUACUUUUAACGCAGCAGAAACGAUGCUCUCAUCAUCCAAAUCUAAGAUGGUGGACUGUCACUAGCGCUGUUUGCUUGAAAUAAAUGGCUGCUCACAUUAGCUGGGGUGGUUUUGAGUGGUGGGGGGCUGUGAUAAACCACACUAAGCUGGAAUAUGUCCAAUUGUUUUAAGGUCUUUCACUGCUUUCUGCAAUAAAAUGCUUUCAUUGAAA